AUGAACUCGGAAAUCCACUUCAAUUUUAUUCAAAAAUUUCAGAACGUUUUAAAUCUUCUAGAAAAGUACGCAUUUCUUGUACAAUUUAUCUUAGCAAUUAUUUCCUUUAUUCUAAACCUACUCCAUUUUGUGAUAAUAACCAGAAAAUCUAUAAGAAUCUCUUCAAUUAAUUGUUUAAUGGUUGGAGUUACUGUUUGCGAUAUUUGUAGAAUGUUGACUACAAUUUAUCGAUAUCUGGAACUGGAAGACUUGGAAUAUCCGGAGUGUAUUACCGUGAGUUCCUAUAUAAAAGCAUACUUAGACAUCACAUCUUGGUGGCUUCAAGAUUACUUUAGACGAUGUAGUUCUUGGUUGGAUAUUUUUAUUGCGAACGUGCGGUAUAUUAUAAUGAGAAAAGUCUCCGGUGCGAGAAAUUCCAAAACUGCACAAUCGAAACUAGGAUUUAUUUUAAUGACUUUGGUAUUUUGUACAAGUAAUCUUAUACAAUCAAUGUGUCUAUAUUCAAUUCAAAUUGUUGAAAAACGGGACAUUUUCCUUUUCUCGAACUGUGCUGAGCAUCAGGACAUCAACAAAGUAUAUAAAUAUACCAUAAAUUUACGUCCAAUACCAACUGAUAACAAAAUGCUACUUAUUCGAACUUACAUCUUCCUAGAUGUAAUAUUUUCUCAUUUCCUUCCAAGCCAAGCUUUUCCAAUUCUUACCGUACUUUUGCUACGCAAAAUUCAGAAAAUGGAGAAAUCAAGACCAGUAGUUCGAAACAAUAGGGUCGCUGAAAAUAACGAAGACAAGCAUCCGCUUUCGACAAACCUGAUAAUUUUUCUGACAAUUUCGUCGUUUCUGGCAGAUGCUCCAUUGGGAUGUAUUGUUAUGAUAAAGCUCUUCAUUCCAUCUGGCAAUAGACGGAUACGGUUUUUGACAGACCUCAUUGUCUAUUUGAACAUUUUGUCUACAAUUAUUAUCAUGUUCCGGCCAAUCCUGUGUUUUUCAAUGCCACGGCAAUACAGAAACACUGCAAAAAAAUUUUUUCGUGUCAAAAAUGCAACCUAUAUUAAUGUUGUUCCAAUAACAAAAUGA